AUGCAGUUCCCAAACGAAAGACUUCCCAAAAUCCUCAACAAGUACGAUUUCAUCAUCGCAGGUGGAGGCACCGCAGGCCUGACCGUGGCCGAUCGUUUGAGUGCCGCUUUUCCAAACAUGCUAGUCGUCGAGUAUGGCGACUUGGAAUACGCUCGCGGCGCCUUCGAUCCACCGGAUAUCGUAUUUGGUGCGGCGACUACAGCACAAAGACCUGGCCUGUUCAACUUCUAG